AUGUCCCCCCUCGAGCGCGUCCUCGCCGUCGUUCGCGAUCGGGUCACGCGCGAUGCCUCGCUCGCUCGCUCGCUCGCUCGCGAUCUCUCCGUGGUCGCGACGCGCGGUCGGACGAGUUUCAUGAAUGAUUACAGCCCCGGGGUCUCCGCCGAGGACUUGGUGGGGAUUUUACCGGACGUCUGCGACGCGCUCUCGACACCGCGCGCGGACGUGUUCGCGGCGACGAUGCGCGGAACGACGUUCGUGAUAAACGCGCGGGCGCUCGAUGGGGAAGGGAGGCGGAGGACGUUCGUGUGCCUGGACGGAGACGUCCCGGAGCUCGCGGGCGGGACGCGCGCGCGGGCGACGGCGGAGGCGUGGGAUCGAGCGCGACUGGCGAUGUCGCUCGCGGUGCGGGCGAUGGGGGACGAGCGCGUCGUAAUCGAUUUGGACGCGGUUCUAGAGGCGAGCGGGAGCGCGUUGUCGCCGGUGACGAUCGCUGGGAUAUUGCUCGACUUUCCGUGCGUGUACGCGAUGGAGGCAGAGUCGAUGACGAGCGCGGCGGCGGUUUUGUCUUCGUGCGCGCUGAACGUGCACUCGAUCGAGUGCGCACUCGGGGAUGGCGAUGUGUGCUCUGUCUAUGGCUGGAGCAUUCCAAGUUCGCUACAAAUCGAUGAUGAGCGCGUGUCUGAAUGGUUCGACUCCGCGUCGCAAGCGCUUCGGAUGCUCGGUUUCCGCGCGUCGCACAAGGUGUCUCACAACGCGUCUGGGAGCGUGAAGAUAGUUUUUUAG